AUGGACACCUACAACCCAGACAAACCCCGGAUCACCGGCAUCAAUGCCUUUCGCCCCAAGAACCUCCUUGCCUCGUUCCGCAUCAAGAAGGCCAACUUCAAACGUGGUAUCCAGAGCAAGGAGAACUUCAAGCAGUACCUCCGGACCCCAGGUUCGAAUGCGGAUGCUACAGGGUCGUAUUCCUGGAUCAAUGAUGACCUCCUCCCAACUCCCCCUGAAGCCCGGACCUGGGCCUGGUGGAACUACUUCUUCUUCUACUUCUCCCUGUCCAUGGACAACUGGACGCUGGGAUCGGUCAUGAUCGGCUGCGGCCUGAACUGGUGGCAGUCCAUCCUGAUCGUCUUCUUCAGCCAGGUGCUGAGUUCGGUGGCCAUGGCCAUCAACUCGCGGUCUGGAGAGGUCUACCAUGUCGGAUAUCCCAUCAUCUCUCGCGCAGUGUUCGGCACAUGGGGCGCAUACUACGUCGUCUUUGCGCGUGCCGUGUUGGCCAUCGUCUACUACGCCAUCAAGCUGUACAUUGGAUCAUCCUUUGUGGUGAACAUGUUGACGGCCGUAUUUGGCAACUCAUACCGCAACCUGCACAACUCCAUUCCUGCGUCCGUGGGCAUGUCCUCGGCCCAGUUUAUCGCUUUCUUCCUCUACUGGCUCGCCCACAUCCCCUUCACCCUCCUCCGACCUUACCAGUUGCGCUGGGUCUUCACCCUCAAGAUGUGCACAGUCGUGCCGGCCUGCUUUGGUCUGUUCAUUUUCUGCAUGGCCAACACCAAGGGUAACAUCGGUGGAGGGAUCCCUGGAGCACCGGCUUCGACGUCGACCAGCUUCGCCUGGUUCGUCGUGUACGCCUUCAACAGCGGUCUGGGUAACACUUACAAGGCCAAUAUCAUUACCAACCAACCCGAUUUCAGCCGUUGGGCCAAAUACAAGUACGCCUCGGUGUGGCCGCAGCUGAUCGCCAACCCCAUCAGCGUGACCAUCUCGGCCUCGCUGGGCAUCUUGGCCACGUCGGCGAUCAACCAUUCGUGGGGUCUCGAGCUGUGGAAUCCGUGGGAUCUCCUCGACGCCAUCAUGCAGCGAUACGACACCUCGGCGGUGCGAUUUGCCAUCUUUCUGUGUGCCAGCUUUUGGGCCUUGUUGAUUCUGGGCACGAAUGUGGCGGCCAACAUGAUUCCCUUCGGGGCGGACAGUACGCUGCUGCUGCCACGGUAUAUCAACAUUACUCGAGGGCAGUUCCUGGGGCUGUGUCUCGCGUGGGCGGUCAAUCCAUGGCAGAUUCUCCGAUCGGCGACAGUGUUCCUCAACUUCCUCGGCGGCUACAUCAUCUUCAUGGCCUCGGCCGUGGGCAUCAUGAUCGCCGAAUACUUCAUCAUGACUAAGGGCAACAUCUUCCUGCAGCACCUGUACGACGGCAAGCGCACCAACCCGCACUACUACUACUACCGCGGGUGGAACGUGCAGGCCUACAUCGCCUACAUCGUCGGCGUGGUCAUCCCCUUCCCGGGAUUCUGCGGCUCCCUGGGCGCCAACGUGUCCGAGACGGCCAUGAACCUGGGCCACUUGGGGUGGUGUCUGUCGUUUGUCGUCUCCAUCGCCGUCUACGUGCCGCUGUGCUACUUCUGGCCGACCAAGAACCAGAAGCUGAUCAGGAGCAUGGGCCUGAAGUUCGAGGAGACCGCGCUGGAGGAGUUCAAUCCGGCCGAUCUCCCGAACUUCCACUCGGCCGUCAUUCAUGGGCGCGAGGUCGUGCAUGGAGAGCCGGAGGAGGAUGUCGAGUCGGCAUCGGCGUCGGCGACCGAGAAAGGUGUCGAGCAGAGUACCGUGGUGGCGUCCAAGGUGGCGUGA